UAUGUGUACAUUGUGGAAAAUUCGAUAUUCGCGCGAGGGGGGCGAAAAGUGCAAACAUGUCCAACGAAAAAGAGGACGACAAAGAGGCAGAUGCUAAAUCAACAUCUAGCGAUGAUUCAGAUGAGUAUCAAUCAGCUGGAGAGGGUGAGGAUUCGGAAACGGAAUUGCGCCCGCCUGGGGCAUCGACUUCAGCACUACUCCGCACACCAACGGCACCUGAAAGUGCGUGUAGGGCAGUUGAUUUAUCGGUGGAGGCGGGGAAUGAGGCAUCCAUGUAUCCAUUGCAUCAAAGCGUUUUCGAGGACGACAUUAAGGCAUUGCAGCGGCUGUUAUUGUUACACACUGCUCCCGAGGAGGUAGGACGCAAGGACAAGCACGGUAACACGCCUCUUCAUUUGGCUGUUAUGCUUGGCCGCAAACAAUGCGUACGUUUGCUGCUUGCCCAUGGAGCGCCCGUCAAGAUAAAAAAUAAUGACGGCUGGUCCCCGCUUUCGGAAGCCAUUAGUUAUGGUGAUCGGUCAACAAUCACGCAGAUACUACGGAUGUUGAAACUUCAGUCGCGUGAACAUAUGGAGAGCCGUCGUGAAAAAUUAGUGAAUGCGCUACGUCAGAUGCAAGACUUUUAUAUGGAGUUUAAGUGGGACUUCCAGUCCUGGCUACCGCUCGUUUCGCGCAUACUGCCUUCGGACAUAUGUCGACUGUACAAGUCAGGCGCCUCGAUACGCCUAGACACCACACUGGUUGACUUCAAUGACAUGCGCUGGGAGCGCGGUGACAUAUCGUUCCUCUUUCGUGGUGAGGCGCCGCCCCGUGAGUCCCUUGUUCUGUUGGACAAUGAACAGCACUGCUAUCAGCGACUGCGCUACGAGGAGGCUGACAUGGAGGACGAAGUCGAUGUUUUAAUGUCCACGGACAUACUGGCCACUCAGAUGUCCACGAAGACCAUACAAUUCGCACGCGCGCAACGUGGCUGGAUAUUUCGUGCCAACCGGAAGGAACUUAUUGGCGGGCAGUAUCAAUGCGAGAUCUAUACCAUACAGGGUUUGGUGCUGAAGCAACGCAAGCGAAGAGAGCACUUGUCAAAUGAGGAUUUACAAAAGAAUCGUGCCAUUGUCGAGACAAUCACCAAGGGAGGCAUUACCGAUGCAAGGCGUGCCAGCUUGGCUAGUCAACAGCAGCCAACGCCACCAGAUAGCGACACGAGCACCACACCCACAACAUCCACAAAUGGACUGACGUUGCCAGAGUUACCACGUCGGAGUUCCUUGCAAGCGCCGCCACCAACAAUGGUUACUUGGGAAAAAUACAUUGGCGCCCCAAUUGGUAAGUGCCCGAUAUUGGGGCGCCCACCUGUGCACAAGCAAUCCAAUAAGACGCUGCGAGCCACUGUGGCUAUGAGCAAGGACUUUCCACUAAGUGUAGAUAUGCUGCUUGAUGUUCUCGAGGUGGUGGCACCUUUAAAGCACAUCAAUAAGUUACGACAAUUUGUCACGCUCAAGCUGCCCACUGGAUUUCCCGUCAAAAUUGAAAUACCCGUUCUACACACGGUGACGGCCAAAGUGACGUUCCAGAAAUUCGAGUUCCGCGAUAAUAUACCCGCCAAGCUAUUCGAAAUUCCAGCCCAUUAUUGGGAGGACGUGCGUCGUUUUCAGGACUUAUGACCAAGCGAUGAGAUGACCAAUAGCAAGACGACGCCGUCAUCUUGUACUGAAAAAGGCUCCAAGUUGAUUGACUUAAAUCGCAACGCCACAAUGCCCCUGGCGGAGUUCGAUUAAAAAGUCCAUUACCACGCGCCACCCUCCUCCCAUUUGCAUGCAUGACAGUGUGUGUAUUCGUAUGUUUAUAGCUCUAUGUGUACAUGUGCGUAUAUAAAGUGGAAACAAAAUUGCAAUUUUUAUAGCAGGUGAAAAAUAACAACAACAACAAUCAUUAAGCUACCAAAUUAUGAAAAGUGUUACUGUACUUUUUUUUUAAAUUUAAUUUAUUAAGGUUAAAUUAAAAAUUUACGCUCUGAGAAUUGCAAUUUUGGCUUUGAAAAACAAAUUUAAUUUGUUACAAUAUAUGUGUAGACCAUUUAAUAGAAUUAGUCUUUACUGCACGCCAGCCAAAUAGAAGGGGGCGCCUCGACUACGUAUUAUUUAUCGCCUUUUCGUUUAGUGUAUUUUAUGACUAGUACCAACGUUAUAUUUGCGUUAAUAUUGUACUAUAACAUUCUGCAUAGGCCCGCAAUCAUUUUAUUUUCCGUUAACGCAGAUUAAAAGCUGCAGAAAAACAAAAACAAAACGAUUUUGCCUUAUCGGUAAUUAUUGGCGUACCUAAUACUUUCGUAACAACCGCUGCAAUUUUGUUGAAUCAGCAGCGUCUAAAGUUGUUCACUAAAACUCAUUUGUAAGCCCCCAUUGCCCCACUUACGACUGUGCAGCUCAAAAAUUAAAAAAAUAAAAUAAAAUAGGUAGAUGAAAAUUUUAUGUUGCAUUAAAGUUAUACAAAUAAUUUUUUUAAAUUAUCAUAGCAUGUCUUGUUUAGCUGUGAAAAUUCAUAUAUUUGUUUUUACAAAUUAAUUUAUUUACACAUGUACUUAUUUGUAUGUUUUUAUUAUUUAUUAAAAAACAUAAAUUCAAUGUAAUUGUAAGUUAUACAAAUACCCGCACUGAAUCAAUUAAUUUUUGCCUUUAAGCCAAUAUUCAUACAUAAAUACUAUGAAAAAAACAGAUGUCACAACAAACGUCCGUAAACAGUUUUAUAGACAAUUUUUAAGAACCACGCUAGAGAAUUUUUUUUAAUAUUCUCGAAAAAUAAAAAGCUUUUGAAUAACAAUA